AAACACAACAGAAAAGAAAAUGACUCAGAUUGGACAGAGAUGUCGCUGCUCCUUUAGUCAGAAAGGAGAACUCGGACAAUAACGAGCUUUACCUUAAAAAUCCGCAAAUCGUCUACAUUUAUGCAUGCAAUAUUCAGAUAAAGUAAAUAAACCAAACUGAGACGUUUGUGAUAACUAAACACAUAACGCGUCCUCAGUCCUUCUAUCAGAGCUCAUAUCUUCUGGGAUCCGUGGAUGGCGUCGUGACGUCAGCACGUCCCGAGCUCUCGCGAGCGCAGGAAAUUGGAGCAGCGACAAACAUCGGCUGUAAAUUUUGUUUUAACUCUUUUUUUUUUCUUUAUUAAUUAUUGUUUUUAGACCUCAAGCCAGCCGAAGAAACACUUUUCUUGCCGAUAGUGUCGUUUGAAGGGCGUUUUGUGUUUUUAAAGUGGUCGAUUCGUACUUUUAUCCCGGUGUUUUUCCUUAUGGAUUAGAUGGUGACGCGUCAGAAUAAUUGACUCUAAAAAACGCGUUUCGUUCAUUUAUAUUUAAAUCGUACAGCUCGUCAUCUAACUUCGUCUUUAAGUGUUCAUUUUAAAGGCUAAAUUGUUUUAUUCCUGCGCUUGCAUGAGGAUGAUUUUGAUUCCUCUUACUUUAGCUGCUAAUGCUAACUAGCGCAGGCCGCUAUUGGAGUUUAUUUAUAUAUAAGAUUAAAGUAUUUAUGUGAUUUAUAUUUAUAUUUGGGUGUAUGGAUGGCAGUGUGAAUCUGACGGAGGUCUUUGAUUGAUCAGUGAUGUCUUCUCCAUCACUUUAGACUCAGAUCUCUAGUAAUGAGUGAUGUUCUCAUUCAUUAUAAAGGCCUCGCUUAUUUUCUUUUUUGUUUCGCUCAUUCCUCGUCAGAUAAUAAUAAUAAAAAGUGAUUCGUGACUUAUUUUACUCAUGUCGUGAAGUUUAAUGGCUUGACGAAUAAUUUGCGUCGUAGUUGAUAUUUUAAAUGUGUUAGCUGUGAUUGAACUGGAUACAGUAGAGAAGAAGAGAAACAAACCCAGCUCAGAAUCAAGAUGAUGUGCGAGGUGAUGCCCACCAUCAGCGAGGCGGAGGUCAGCAGUAACGGAGGCGGUCUGGGCCCUGGCUCUCCCGUGCAGACGGACUCUGAGGGCCACUUUGAGUCUCUGAUGGUGUCUAUGCUGGAGGAGAGAGACCGACUGCUGGACACGCUCCGAGAGACGCAGGAGAACCUGUGUGUGACGCAGAGCAAACUGCACGAGAUCAGCCACGAGAGAGACUCGCUGCAGAGACAGCUCAACAGUGCCCUGCCACAGGAGUUUGCAGCUCUUACGAAGGAAGUGAAUCUGUGUCGAGAGCAGCUGCUGGAGCGAGAGGAGGAGAUCUCCGAGCUGAAAGCAGAGAGAAACAACACACGCUUGUUGCUGGAGCAUCUGGAGUGUCUGGUGUCUCGUCACGAGCGUUCUCUGAGGAUGACCGUAGUCAAGCGUCAGGCUCAGUCUCCCGCCGGCGUCUCCAGUGAGGUGGAGGUGCUCAAGGCACUCAAAUCUCUCUUCGAGCACCACAAAGCCCUGGAUGAGAAGGUGAGAGAGCGUCUGCGUGUGGCUCUGGAGAGAUGCAGUAUGCUGGAGGAGCAGCUCACCGCCGCUCAUAAAGAGCUGGUGUUCCUGAAGGAGCAGGGCAGUCUGAAGAGGGCGAUGACCGAUGGCUCAGCAGAAGUCAAUCACAGCUCAGAUGCAGCACCUAACACUAACGGCAAGCAGCGCUUGUCAGACGUGUCUCUGGGUGCAGAGGAGGAUUGUGGGAAGGACGUGGAGCUGCAGGAGGCUCUGGACAGACAGAGUAAGGAGCUCCUGCACAUGAAGGAGCGUGUGGCGUCUCUGUGCAGCCGCGUCUCUGAGCUGGAGGAGGAUCUGGACACGGCCCGGAAAGACCUCAUCAAGUCUGAGGACAUCAACAGCCGUCUGCAGAGAGACUUACGAGAGUCUCUGGCUCAGAAGGAUGACAUGGAGGAGAGGAUCACUACGCUGGAGAAGCGCUACCUCGCGGCUCAGAGAGAAGCCACGUCUGUCCAUGACCUCAACGACAAACUGGAGAACCAGAUCGCCAACAAGGACUCGCUGGUCUGCCAGCUGGAGGACAGGAGUCGUGUGCUGCAGGAGCGUCUGGAGCUGGCGGAGCAGAAGCUGCAGCAGACGAUGCGUAAGGCCGAGACGCUGCCGGAGGUGGAGGCAGAGCUGGCUCAGAGGGUCGUGGCCCUCACUAAGGCGGAGGAGCGGCACGGGAACGUGGAGGAGCGUCUCAGACAGAUGGAGGCUCAGCUGGAGGAGAAGCACCAGGAGCUGCUGAGGGCUCGUCAGCGGGAGAAGAUGAACGAAGAGCACAACAAGCGUCUGUCGGAGACCGUGGACAAACUGCUGUCUGAGUCCAACGAGAGACUGCAGCUUCACCUGAAGGAGCGCAUGACGGCGCUGGAGGACAAGAACGCUCUGAUCCGGGAUCUGGAGCACACUAAGAAGCUGAUAGAAGAGGCUCAUCAUGAGAAGGAGCAGCUGCUCAUCCAGAUCGAGACCAUGAGGAGCGAACACGAGCGCGGACGCAGCCGGAGCAACUCUCUGCUGCAUCAUGGGCGCUCUCACGCGAGCGGCACGCCGGACUUCAGGUUCCCAGUGUCCGUGUCGUCAGCGCUGGACAGUCACUACAGCAGCGCUCUGGUGCUCAGACGACCGCAGAAGGGACGAGUGUCUGCGCUGCGGGACGAGCCCCUGAAGGUGCAGACGCUGGACGAGCAGGAGUGGGACCGUCUGCAGCAGGCUAGUGUUCUGGCUAGCGUAGCUCAUGCGUUCGAGAGUGAUCUGGACGUGUCAGACGUGGAGGACGACAGAGAGACGGUCUUCAGCUCCAUGGACCUGCUGUCUCCUGCUGGACAGGCAGACGCUCAGACGCUCGCCCUGAUGCUGCAGGAGCAGCUGGACGCCAUCAACAACGAGAUCCGCAUGAUCCAGGAGGAGAAGGACAGCACUGCACUGAGAGCUGAGGAGAUCGAGGGUCGUGUGGGCAGUGGAGAUGAUCUGGACAGCCGCUUCCGCUCCAUCGCGUCCCUGCAGCCCUCCUUCCACAGCUCCUCUCCACCCGGAUCCGGUCACUCCACGCCCCGCCGGCCCUCACACAGCCCCAGCAGAGAGCUGGACCGCAUGGGGGUCAUGACCCUGUGUGCUCAAGAUGAUAAAGCCUCCAUCAGAUGUGAGACGUCUCCUCCAUCCACACCGUCCUCCAGGAGACUCCAUAAAGGAGCGCUGCACACCUCCAGCCACGAGGACAUCCGAGACGUGCGGGGAGCCGGGCUGCAGGACGGAGCGGGCAGUAAUCCCAGCAGCAGUAACAGCAGUCAGGACUCACUCAACAAAGGAGCCAAGAAGAAGGGCAUCAAGUCCUCCAUCGGUCGACUGUUUGCCAAGAAGGAGAAGAGCAGAGCCAGUCCGGGGGGGAAAGAGUGUCCUGGGCCAGCGCUGGCAGGUACACCUGAUGGAGGAGGCGCACCGGACGCCAUGACGCUUGGGAAGAUGAGCGGUCCAGCAGAGAAGAACCGGAAGCUGCAGAAGAAACACGAGCUACUGGAGGAGGCGUGUCGUCAGGGUCUGCCCUUCGCUCAGUGGGACGGUCCCACGGUGGUGGUGUGGUUGGAGCUGUGGGUGGGGAUGCCGGCGUGGUACGUAGCGGCGUGCCGUGCUAACGUGAAGAGCGGAGCCAUCAUGUCUGCUCUGUCCGACACCGAGAUCCAGCGUGAGAUUGGCAUCAGCAACCCUCUUCACCGCCUCAAACUACGCCUCGCCAUCCAGGAGAUCAUGUCCCUCACCAGCCCCUCGGUGCCACCCACCUCCAGAACGACUCUGGCCUACGGGGACAUGAACCACGAGUGGAUCGGUAACGCCUGGCUGCCCAGCCUCGGUCUGCCUCAGUACCGCAGCUACUUCAUGGAGUCGCUGGUGGACGCUCGUAUGCUGGAUCAUCUGACCAAAAAAGACCUGCGCGGUCAGCUGAAGAUGGUGGACAGCUUCCACAGGAACAGUUUUCAGUGUGGUGUGAUGUGUUUGAGACGGCUGAACUACGACAGGAAAGAGCUGGAGCGCAGGCGUGACGAGUCCCAGGUGGAGGUCAAAGAUGUGCUGGUGUGGACGAACGAGCGUGUGGUCAGCUGGGUCCAGGCCAUCGGACUGAAGGAGUAUGCUGGGAAUCUUCUGGAGAGCGGCGUUCAUGGAGCGCUCCUCGCUCUGGACGAGUCCUUCGACCACAACGCCUUGGCGCUGCUGCUGCAGAUCCCUACACAGUGCACACAGGCGAGGGCGUUGCUGGAGCACGAGUACAGCCGUCUGUUAGCCGCAGGAACAGAGAGGAGACUCGAGGAGGACGACGAGAAGAACUUCCGCCGCGCUCCGUCCUGGAGGAAGAAGUUCAGGCCCAAAGACGUGCGUGGAAUGAGUGUGAGCUCUGCCGACACACUGCCUGCUAGCUUCAGGGUGAGCGCUGCAGACGCCGCCUCCACCGCCCUGAUGACCAAGAAACCCCAGCUGGACGGAAGCGUGAGUGCUCAGCGUCUGGAUUCGGCUGCUGUCAGAACUUACUCCUGCUGAUGGUGCAGCAGAAGCGGUCGAUCCCCGUCAGGCUGCAGGUUCAGAGGAGGAUCUUUCUCCGUCAGACUCACAUCCUCUGUUCGUGUAAACCGAGGGACCUUCACUAAUUUAGCAGUGUCUCAUAUCAACUUUUGCUUGAUUUUAUUUGGUCACCUUUUAAUUCUCUCGCCCUAAUCCAGUUCAACUCUUUUAGCUGUAAUUUAUGUAUCACGAGUCCAAAGCCUGUACAUUUCCAUCUGUAGACAUAAUCUAAUUUUUAUUAUUCUCUAUGAGUAUUUUUAUCAGCUGCUUAUUCCUUUUGUGUAACUUCAUCUGGCUAAAAGACCUCGGUGUGGUUUAUCUUAACUUUGCUCUUCUCUUCAUCAGUUUUCUCCUGUUGAUUGUGAGAAAGUGGUCUGAAUCAAUGGUGUGGUGUGAAUAUCAGGGUUGGAACGUGUUUUAUAUCCUCUGAUACCAAAUCAAACCCUUGGAUAAGCCAUAAUUUAUAAUAAUUAUGAGGGCUAUUUUGAAUACAUCUUUCUACAGAUGUGAUGUUGAUGCCAGGUUUUUCUAGCAUCUGUUUGACUUAAAGUCGCUGUUUAUCCAUUCCCUGGUGCUGCGUUAGAUGUGUGUGUGUGUGUGUGUGUGAGAGAGAGAGAGAGAGAGAGAGAGAGAGAGAGAGAGACUGAGAGUGUGUGUGUGUGUGUGUGAGAGAGAGAGAGACUGAGUGUGUGUGUGUGUGUGUGUGAGAGAGAGAGAGACUGAGAGUGUGUGUGUGUGUGUGUGUGUGUGAGAGAGAGACAGAAAGAGAGAGAGACUGAGUGUGUGUGUGUGUUUCUCUCAGAUGGACCAAUCCUCCGGUGGCCUGACCGCUCGAUCCCUGUGUGUGUGUGUGUGUAUCGUAUCACUGUAAUGAAGCCUUAUAUUUCUAGCCCAGUCCUGUUGUUUUCAGAGACCUUUUUAAUAUGUCUGUAUCAGCCUUUUAUGUAGGAAGUAAAUUGUAAUUUUUGGAUGAUAUCAGAAGCACAGGCUGGAAUCAUAUCCCAGUCGCUGUUUUUUUUCUUUUCUUUUUUUUACAUUUAGUCACUUAUGUACAAUUAAAGUUAUGUUACUAUCUUUUCAUUGUCCUUUAUUUAAAUACAUCUUCUGGUCCUGUAAUAGAAAUAAUGUACAGUCUAAGUACUUAUGAACUAUCUUUAUCACAGUAUUAUUUAUUGCUUUCAUUUCAAUAAAAUACUGAAACUUAUUUUCCACUGCCAAUAAAAAUGUCUUUAAGAACA